AUGGCUUCCAAUAGCCAUGCUGAACCUUCUACCACGGCUAAAGAGCAGGAACUUCCUGCUCGCGCAGCAGGAGGUGGUCAGCCUUCAGCGAGAGCCGCCAGCUCUUCCCUGACUCCAUUUUCAGUCGCAACCAAGAACCAUCUACUUUCAGCAUACAAGACCUUGCCUGCCCAGCAACGGGCUCAAGAUGGCCAUGGAUUUCAAGACGAGCCAUCCUUUUUGUCCUACAUGGCAUCUUCUGAGUCGUCUGCCAUGUCGCCUUCGGUUCCCAAUGAUCUGACCUAUCCUCUCUCCUCAUACUACAUCAGCUCAAGCCAUAACACCUAUCUGUCAGGCCAUCAGCUUUAUGGCGACGCUAGUGCUGAAGCAUAUACCAAUGUCCUCAAACGAGGCUGUCGGUGUUUGGAAAUCGACGUUUGGGAUGGCAGCGACUCAGACACCAGUAGCUCUGAUGAAGAGGAUGAACAGGACUGGAGAGGGUCCAAGGCAUCUCGUUGGGACAGAGUCAAGGCAAAGGCAUCUCGCAUGCGUUCUCGAUCACGCUCUGGGUCUUUGCGCAACCCGACUCAGCCAGUCGCUCAAUCCAACGAACCAGGAACUACACCUCAGUCACAGCCUCGAACCGAGCCCCAUGGCUUGAUCCGCCAAUCUUCUGCCGCGUCCGCCAUCAAGCCCACUUACCUUUCUCCACAACCUUCUCCUGCCAUUCCCUUGAAAUGCGAGCCUCGUGUGCUUCAUGGCUAUACACUGACUCAGCCCAUUCCAUUUCGCGCUGUUUGCAACGCCAUCAGAGAGUCUGCUUUUGUAAGCACCGACCUCCCUCUCAUUGUAUCACUAGAGGUUCACGCCUCUCCUCCUCAACAAGAGAUUAUGGUUCAGAUUAUGAAGGAAGCUUGGUCCAACCUCCUCGUCAAUAUUACACCCGAAUCUCAGGUAGCUGCAUUGCCUUCUCCUGAAUCACUGAAGAGGCGAAUCCUUAUCAAGGUCAAGUGGUCUCCUACCACCGAGGAGCCAAAUGUCCCUAUCGAGCGUGUGAAGUCUCAUACAACGGAAGGAAGUCAGGAAGAUGAAGGUACUUCGUCUCCUGAGAAGAGACCGAAGAAAGUUUUGGCUGCACUCUCUGAGCUUGGAAUUUACACACGUGCCUACACCUUCAAGGCGUUUUCGCAACCCGAAGCCACAAUUCCUACGCACGUAUUCAGUUUGUCCGAAAACAAAGCCCACACCAUGCACCCAGAUCCUAUCUCCGGUCCAGCAUUGUUUGAACACAACAAAAAAUACCUGAUGCGAAUCUUCCCCAAAGCUACUCGCAUUAGGAGUUCAAAUGUGGACCCGACCUUUCACUGGCGCCAAGGUGCACAAAUGGUUGCUUUAAAUUGGCAGAGACUGGACAGGGGCAUGAUGCUCAACGAGGGAAUGUUUGCCGGCCUAGGAGGCUGGGUAUUGAAGCCCGAGGGCUAUCGCGCAUCUCAUCCGGACGAUGAGCCUGAGAAGGGGAGCACGGACUCAAACACGACAAUUCUUCCCACGAAGCAUUCGCUCAAUCUCGAAAUCACGCUUCUUGCAGCUCAGAAUUUACCUCUACCGUUCGACAAGGAUGGCUCCAACGCGGCGUCAAAAUUAAAACCCUAUAUUAAGCUACAUUUACAUGUUGAUACCCAUGGCCCUCCCGGCCGGGGUUACACAAAUCCCGACACGGAUGCACACAGCGGUGAAGAAAUCGAUGAUAAAAUUUAUGAACGAAAAUCUGCUACAGGCAGAACAGCGGAUCCAGAUUUUGGCGGCGAACAGGUGACCUGGACAAAGAUUCCGGACAUCGUGGAGGAACUGAGCUUUCUAAGGUAUGUGCCCACUCUACGCAUCAUCCUUUCACUCUCCUUCCAUCGCCUUGCGUUCUCGUGUCUUUGCGUUAUGCGUGCCAAAUAUCCGCCAGCCCUGGUAAGGCGUUAG